AAGGCGGGCGCCUUUAGGCCGUGGUUCAGCCUCGCAGGGUGCCUGAACCCUUGGGGGGGCCACAAAGACCCUCCUUGUCCCUCGGGAGGUUUAUUUUGGGGUUUUUUGGCAGGUGCGGUCGCCGGAAGGCGCUCCCCGGAAGACCCAUGCUCAACGUCGCCCGCUCGGCGCGCUCUUUCCGCUCUAACACUCCCGACAGGUCGCGGGUCACCAUCGCCAGCAGGAAACGCCUGGAGGAUGAAGAGGGCAAUCUACCCAUGCUCUUAUGGCGCAGAGCUGUCCGUCCUGGGGAAAAAGGCUGCCCUGUGGGCAAUCUUCUACCAUGCAGGCUGAUAGAUGAACUUCAUUUUUGGGCAGAAAUUCCGACUUUUGGAAGGGAAACCAGCUACUGGCGCUCGGCCACCUUCGGGGUCCUGCUCGCCUCUGCCAUUCUGGCCACACUGGUGGCACUCAUGUGCUUCCAAGUGGAGAAGCUGUCGAAACAGGCAGAGAGUCACAAUGACGUGAUGGAGCUACAGAUCAUCAUCCUGACUGAAAUUCUGAGGCAGCUACAGAUCGGGAAAGCUAUCAACUGCAGUGUGUGCAAGAUGCAGUGGCUACAGCACAAAGAUUCCUGCUACCUUUUCCGAGAAAGGAAGAUGGGCUGGCGUUCCAGCAUGGGCUUCUGCAGAGAUGAGUUCUCCUCCCUGGCCGUCAUCCACAACGACACAGAACAGAUGAACUUCCUGAGGUUUGAAUCAAAGAAACAUUUCCGCCAGCGCCACGGCAAGAAUAAAUACUACAAAUUCUGGAUGGGCCUGGUGUACGACGUCGUCACGAAGCAAUGGAAAUGGGCAGAUGGCUCUCUCUAUAACCCCAAAAUGCAUGGAAAGCUGCCCCCCAAGGGCUGCGCCUACCUCCGAAACGGAUCGCUUUUCUCCCAGGAGUGUGAGAAAUUGGCUUACGUCAUGUGUCAGACGGCACUCCGGUUUGGCUGGAGUUGAGCAGCUGUGGAAGAGGAGAAGGAGGCGCAGAAGCUGGUGUGGGUAUGUGGUUGUGAUCCCAGCAUCCCGUCGGAUCAGGACCCCCUCCUCUCCCCCAUCUCACGGCAGUGUUGUGGCUGUUUCCCUUCAGAAGUCCCCAGAACGUUACAGUAAAUAAAUUUUCAUUUCACA